AUGUUUGGCACUGAUGGCAUUAUCAUGUGUGUUAUUUGUCUUAGUGUUGAUGCUACAAUAAAUGUGUUUAGUAAUAUUGGAACAAGAGCUAGAGUUGAAUCAGAAGAAUUACAAUUUGGAGGCAAUUGGAAACUCUUCCAAUUUUCUAAAACGAGCAUUUUACUUUAUCCAAUCCUAGAGGCUUUAAUCAGGCAAAUUAGACAAGGCAGUAUUCAGAUCUGGUUGGAAACACAAGAAAGUGCAUCAACUCAAGUUCGGCAAAAUAGUUAUUUGGAACUGGACAUAGAGUGGAAAAUAGGAUAG